AUGGCUGCUUCAUCAUCUGCUACAAACAUCUCUGCUCCAUUCGUUCCCCUAUUCAAAGAUGAGGGGUACGAACAUUGGAGCUUAAGAAUGAAAACUAUCCUACGAUCAUGUGAAUUGUGGGAUGUUGUUUAUCUUGGUAUUACUGCUACAAGUAACGGAGAUGAUCAACAUCGCGAGGCUAAGAAGAAAGAUGCUCAAGCAAUGGCUAUUAUUCAGCGUGGUGUUGAUGACCAACUAUUCUCCCGUAUUGCCGCUGCUGAAUCUGCUAAGGACACCUGGGAAACUCUUCGUAUGGAAUUCCAGGGUGAUUCUCAAGUCCAGGCAGUUAAGCUUCAAAGUCUCCGGCGAGAGUUCGAAAAUUUCAAUAUGAAGGAUGAUGAAGUCGUGGGGGAAUACUUCUCUCGUGUUACUGCCAAUGUAAGUCUACAAAGAGCAUUUGGAGAAGAAGUGUCCGAUCAAAAGGUUGUUGAGAAGAUCCUUCGAAGCCUAUCACCAAAAUUUGAUUAUGUGAUCCCAUCCAUUGAAGUCGCUCUGGAUCUAUCCACUAUCAAGCCAGUGAAGCUUAUGGGGAUGCUUCAAUCCCAAGAAGAAAGGCUGAACGAGAGGACUAUUGUGAGUUGUAACACCUCGAAAAUUUGUGUCCAAUAG